AUGAAUGAAUUUGACCAAUUAGUUACAAUUUUUAACAAUCCAAUCAAGAGGGAAAUAAAGAAACAAAUAGCACCUUAUGUUCUGAAAUAUUACAGCUUGGAUGACAUUAAAAAUGAGAAAAAUCAAACAAUUUUACAUUACUUCGCGAAUAAUACAAUAUUUAAGCACACAUCGUUAUUAAUAUCUCAUUUUAUGUCCACAAAUCACGCAGAUAUUGAUGGAAACAAUCCCUUACACUUUGCAUCAAAAAAUCCAGAAUUUUUCAUAAAAUUAGUAGAGAAUGGAUGCAAUUAUCUCCUCAAGAACAAAGAGAAUAUCACGCCUCUUCAAUUACUAGUGAAUAGUUCAUCAUUUGAAAAUUUUCAAUUCAUAAUCAACAAAUUAUCCAAAGAAAUCAAGUCAAAUAUAUACGAUUUACUACGUUACUGCAUUCUAAGCAAAAAGUACAAAAUGAUUCCGUUCCUAUUCACACAAUUUGAAACAGAAUGCAAUUUAUUGAUCCAAAGGACGACAUACAACAAUCUUUUCCAUCUUUUUACUAAUGUCUGCAUACUUGCACCUUUCCUUUUAUCUCUUUUCCCAGAAGAUCUCGAAAAACAAAUUAUUGAUUUAAAAUUUAUAAAUAAAUCAGGUUUGACUGACCGAAUCAACGCCAAAUUCGCAGGAAUAUACAUGAACAGUGAUAAUUCAACUCUACAGUUCCUAAAAACGGAAUGUCCGAAAUUAGCUGAAUUAUAUCUUUUUUUGAACAGUUUACACAUUCGUGGUGUUGCAAACUCGAUUACUAACUCAGAUAACAAAGAAUACAAAGAUUUUCUCAUAAGUAAUGAAACGAUUAUUCACAAAGCCGCAUCUUUGAGUGUAAUUUGCUUAGAAAAGAUUUUGGACAAGAAAAAUUGUGUUUACGAUGAAAAUCCACCAAUUUUCAGUUGUUUCCAAAACGAAAAAAUGGAUGAUGCAAUUGAUGUUUUUAUAAAAGUUGGUGCUGAUUUAAAUGUAAGAGAUUUACAUGGUAAUGAUCUUUUGUAUUACGCAAUUGCCGCAAAAUCUGGAAAAAUAUCUUAUUUUAUACAAAAUACUGAUUUUAAUGUUUAUGAAGACAUUAAAUUGGCAAUAGAGUUAGGAAAUAUUGAUGCCAUUGAUGAAAUACUAAAUAAAAUUCAUUUGGACAGCGCGAAAUUCCAGGAAUUAAUAGAUUUGUUGAAAGUUAAAACUGUUUUGGAAAAAUUCAUUGAAAAGAAUCAAAACAUCAACAAACUUGAUAUAUUGAAAUGGGCUUUCGAACGUAGAAACUUUUUCAUUGUUAGUUAUUUUCUUCAAUUAGAAAAUUCAACUGAAUUAAGGACAUCAAACAAUGAUAACAUUUUCCAUGUCAUUGCUUCAUCAUAUGAUACUUAUAUUAAGAACCAAACUAUCUUUGAUUUGAUAAAAGAUUUUAUAGCAGAGAAAACAGAUGGAAACAACUUGUUGUAUGAACAAAACAAUGAUAAAAAGACAGCAAUUGACUUAUUUUUCAAAUAUUACAAUACAAAAUUUUUAAAUAUUAAUUUUCUUUUGUUAAAAGAAUAUAAUUAUGACAAUCUUCAGCAGUUUCUUAAACAAUAUGGAGUUCCUGAUACAAAAAUCAAUGGAAAAUACUUGAUAUUCUAUUAUGUCGAGAAAAUAGAGUCAGAUACAGAAUUAUUAAAGUGUUUAAAGCUUUUUGAAGAAUAUAAUGCAAAGUUUACAGUUUCCCAUGAUGAAAAAUAUCCAAUAGAUAUUGUUUUGGAAAGAGGAUUCACUAAAUGCUGCAAUUUUUUGUUUGAACAUGGUUCUCUUUCUGUUUCUGAUAAGUUAAAGUUUGAUCAUCCUGUUUAUGAAUACAAUGAAGGCAAGAAAUCAUCGAAUUACACGAUAUAUGUUGAAGACAACAAUUAUUAUUUUGAACCAAUAACUUAUGACAAUUUUAGAUAUUGGUUAAAAGAAGAUUUCUCAAAGAUUUCGAAGAAUUUGAUAUGUUUCAUGCUUAGAAAAGGUCCUGACCAAGAUGAACUCAUUAAAUGUCUUUCUUACAUCGAAUAUUUAAGUAAGAAAAAGAAAACAAAUGAAAAAUAUUUUGCAAAUUCAACAGUUGAAUAUAGUAAUGAAUUUUAUCAAAUUUCUUCUGGAAGGAACAUGAAAAAAAUUAUGAGAUUCAUUAAAGAAACAGAGUCAUUGAGAAAGUACAUAACACCUAGGAUAGGAUACAUGAAAACAGAGAAAGCUGGUUUAGAUAUCAUUAAAAAUAUAAUUGAAGGAAAAAGAGAACAAAUUGGUCAAAAAGCUUGUUAUAGAUUAACUCAAUAUCGUUGUAUAAUUAAUUGCGAAAUUUCAAUGAUAAAAGUGUUUAGUGAUAAUAUGAAGUUCUGUAUGGAUGUAACACCUUUGUUUGAUCAUUGGAUGAAAUACCAGGACUGCCAUUUCUCUACUGCAGAAUUAAUCUUGAAACAUAUUAUUGAAUUCAAAAAAGAUGCUGUGAAUAUUUAUGUUGAAGUUGAUAAUAUAUUUAACAAAAAAUCAAGGUUGUUUUCAGAAUUGUUUAAGCUGUCUAUUGGUGAUAAAAAAUUCGAUGAGUGCUCAGAGAAAUACAAUGAUUUCGAGAUGAAAUCAUGCCACUUUGUAAGUCACAUAAUUAAUCAAAAAUUCAUCUCAAAUUACAUAAUUUUGAGAGAAAUUGGAAUUUCUUUGCCAAAUAUGACAAAAAUUGAAUUGUUUUUCAGAAAUAACAAAUCAAUACUCGCUAUUGAUGAUAGGGCUGCGUAUAUAGGAGAACUUAUUGAUGAGAAUCACGUAUUGUUCAAACGGAUAUUGAUGAAUGGAAAAUAUUAUGUCGAAUUUAAUUCAAAAACUCGCCCAACAGGAAUUAGAUUGAUUUCUAUUGACCAAGGAUCAAAAGAAAUAUAUUUUGAUGGCUUUUCAUCUCUAAGUAGCUAUGAUGGUUUCUCAUCUCCAAAUAACUCUGAUGGUUAUUCAUCUAGCGCUAAUUUCGAUUUUGGAUAUUCUCUUGGUGUUUAUUACAAAACACUUGAAAGAUCUAUUUUGUUCAAAAAGUAA